CAGAGCUGAUAGGCUGGGGGGGUGAGGUGACGUCACCUGAGAAGCACUUGGAUUUCUAACCAGGAUCAGCCUGCUGUUACUCAUGUAGAUAGCUGGUGAUCUGGAAACUUGUUGACCAACUGUCGACACCUUUUUUUCUGAGACUUCAACAAUAUUUUUUGCAAGUUUAUACAUUUGUUACUCUACACAUCGUAGCGACACAAUGUCUUUCGUCCCGGGACAGCCGUUGACUGCUGUUGUGCAACGAAUUCAGAUCCAGAAAUUGCGGCAGGGAGAAAAUCUCAUCCUGGGAUUCAGCAUCGGAGGAGGGAUAGACCAGGACCCUGGACAGAACCCCUUCUCUGAUGACAAGACAGACAAAGGCAUCUAUGUGACCAGGAUAACACCCGGAGGACCAGCAGACGCGGCAGGCUUGAGGAUGGGCGACAAACUAAUGCAGGUGAACGGCUGGGAUAUGACCAUGGUGACCCACGACCAGGCUCGUAAAAGACUAACAAAGAAGAACGAGGACGUGGUGCGGCUACUGGUAACCAGGAAGUCGUUGGAGGAGGCUGUCAAACAAUCUAUGGGCAGUUUCCCCAGGCAAUAAUGUAGUGACACUACUUAUAACCACAGACUCAUGCAAUACCCAAGACCCAACACUCGCAUACACUGAGACUCCCAAACAUUCAGAUGAUGGUGCCACCGUGGCCUUUACAACUACGUCAAUGCAGAAAUAACAAAGAGAUCACACCAGAUCGUUAAAUAUAUAGGAGAUUUAUCCAGAUGUCUGAGUCUGCGCAGGACAGUCAUUAGACAAAGAGAUGGGGCUCUUUUUUUCCCAAACACACUCAUACUCAUCUCAAAGUUAUCUGCUUUACUUUUUAUAUAUCUUUGUAGCAUAUCCUUGUGAAAAAUGGAGCAAUCCAAAACUCCUUUUCAGAUCUACAGGGCUUAAAUACAUUUAAUCAAAUUAAAUGAAGAAUUCAACGUCAGACAGAGAGAGUCAGUCUUUAGAUCCACCUUUGGCAUCCAAUUAUUACCGACGGUUUCACGUAAAGAGAAGUUUUCCAAACCUCGCAUGAUCCAUUUUGAGAAAUGUUUACAUUUUUGCCAAUUUUUAGAAUGUUGCUGUAGAAAAUAAUAUUAAGGAUUAAAAAGAAACCAGAUAGAUAGAUAGAUACUUUUUUCAUCCCCAAGAAAAUUUUAGUUUAGUUAGUGUAGAUAUUAAUUAUUGCUAUAAUUUGGAUUUUGAACAACGGUGAGCUGGAAUGAGUUUUCUGAAGACCUUUUUUCAUACAAUAAUGUUUCCAUAUCUCUCUGCUACAGAGCUAUAUGAUUGUUAAAUUGAUUUUAGCACAGCCUUCUUGAUUCAUUCCCUCUUUGGAGAUAUUUGCCAGAUGUUCUCAAUGCUUGAUACGAGUUCUUAGGGAGCAAUCAUAGACUUUGAAUUUUUUUGCCUACAGCUGACCAAAGUUGGUCUUGAUGGUUUGGAUACAUCAAGAUUGUUCCUUAGUGUUUAUUGUAUCAUCUCAUUCAAAUAAAAACAAAACAGGGUUUCAAUUAUUCCUGUCAAGAUUACAACAUCAAAUGCCAAAGUAAAAGCCAAGGCACUCUAAAGUGAUCAAAAUAUGUCAAGCAGUGUUUGUAAUCAUUUUCUUUCUUUUUUAUAAUGGUACAGUUAUCUGUAAAACAAACCAUAUACUUGUAUGCACAAUGUUUUAAUGCAUACUAAUUUCUUUUCACUAAUGUUUCUUUCUGUUCUAUUAUCUUGCUUCUUGUUGAUGUCAAUCACAUGUUUAAAAGGAUCUUCUCUCUUCUAGUUAUUCUUCCAAGUCACACUAAUUAUGUCUCAAACGAACAACAUUCCACAAGCUGGACCUACUUCUGGAUAACACCUCUCAUAUCCUGUUUCAAUAUAUUCUCUCUCAAUGUUUUUCAGGUUCAGCAAGGUUGGUCAUUUGCUGUUUUAAUACAAGCAAACCCACUAUAGUUUCACACUGGAAUCCGCUGCGUUGAGAAAACUCUCAAAAUGUGUUGAAAAAGUUUUUUUUUUUAUCAAUGACCAAAAGUACAAGACAAAACUAUAAGCCCUACCCAAGCAGGAGUGAAUGUUGUUGGAUAAUAGAAUUUGCACAGUAGCCUUAAAUGAAUACUGAAUACCACUGAGUUUGAGGAAAAUGAGUUUCUCUGAUGCAAGUGAUUUAGAACUAAUCAUAGACAAUGUUCUGGCUUUGAAAUGUUAGUUUAAUUACAAUCUACUAAUCUUACAUCCGUGGGUGAUCUUAUUGGCUCUUUUUCAUUAUGUUAGUGGUUUAUAUAAUAUAUUUUAUGUUUAAUACAACCAUUUCAUUUGUAUAAUAUUAAUAACCUUAUCUAAUAUUCAAGUGUGUAAUUACGUUUUAUUCCAAAAUGAAUGAACUGUAAAGAAACAAACAGUUAUAAUAUGGUAAUGUAAUAGGGAGUCAACAAUAUGCUGAUGGAAAUAAAUGAAUGUUAAAGGUA